CGUAACUCCUGGAGAGUCCGGUUCGGAAGGGGCGGGGUCGAGCGCUCAGCAAGUCGAGGAUCCUGUUCUGAGAGGAGGUUUCGGUCACCGCGUGCGGUGCUGCGAAUAAGGGUGCGAUGUUUGAUCCGCGAUUCAGCGUCUCUGUCGUCCGUGAUUUCCGGUCUUGUGUGAUAUCUGCCCCUUCUGAAUAGCAACAAAAAAUGACCAAGUCUCAGGGAUUUGUGACAUUCAAAGAUGUGACUGUGGACUUCACUCAGGAGGAGUGGCAGCAGCUGGACUCUGCUCAGAGAAACCUGUACAGGGAUGUGAUGCUGGAGAACUACAGCAACCUAGUUUCAGUGGGGUAUCAAUCUCUGAAGUCAGAUGUAUUUUUCUUACUGAAGCAAGGAGAGCUAUGGAUGAAGGAGGGAGAAGUUUCAAGCUGGGCCUGUCCAAACUUUGAAAUUAGACCCAAAAUGAAAGAAAUAAUCCCACAGAAGAGCCCUUCUGAAGUAAUGCUCCAUAAUAUGAGCGUAUACUCAAUUUUUGAAGAAUGGAAGCUUGAAGGUGAGAUAAAUCACCAGGAAAAUGAAGACAAACUUUUGAACCACACUGCAUUCGUUAACCAUAAGUCAAUGACUGAAGAAGUAAACAGCUGUGCACUGGGAAACAUGAUUCAUUUGAACAGAACGUCUAAUGAACACAUCAAAGCCUUCAUACAAAAGUCACACCUCUUAAUACAACCGAAAAUUCUAAACAGUGGGAAAUCAUUUAAAUGUAUUCAGUGUGGGAAAGCCUUUACUGGAAAGUCAGGACUCAUUGUACAUGAGAGAAUUCAUACUGGGGAAAAACCAUAUAAAUGUAACGACUGUGGGAAAGCCUUCAUUCAAAAGUCACAACUCACUGUACACCAGAGAACUCAUACAGGAGAGAAACCCUAUAAAUGUAGUGAAUGUAGAAAAGCAUUCAUCCAGAAGUCAAACCUCAUUAUUCACCAGAGGAUACACACAGGGGAGAAGCCCUAUGAGUGCAAUGAAUGUGGGAAAGCUUUCAUCAAGAAGUCAACGCUUAGUGUUCAUCAAAGAGCUCAUACUGGGGAGAAGCCAUAUGAAUGCAAUGACUGUGGGAAAGCUUUCAUCUGGCGCUCACAACUCAUUGUACAUCAGAGAAUUCACACUGGGGAGAAACCCCAUGAGUGUAAUGAGUGUGGAAAAGCCUUCAACAGGAAGUCAGAACUAAGUGUACACCACAGAAUUCAUACAGGGGAGAAACCCUUCAAAUGUAAUGAAUGUAAAAAAGCCUUCAUUCAGAAGUCAGAUCUCAUUGUACAUCAGAGAACUCACACUGGGGACAAAAGAUAUCAAUGCAACGAUUGUGGGAAAGCCUUUAUCCGGAGUUCACAGUUCAUUGAACAUCAAAGAAUUCAUACUGGGGAGAAACCCUAUGAAUGCAGUGAAUGCAGAAAAGCUUUCAUCCAGAAAUCACAACUCAUUGUGCAUCAGAGAAUCCAUACUGGGAUGAAACCAUAUGAGUGUAUUGAGUGUGGAAAAGCCUUUAGCAAGAAGUCACACCUUACUGUACAUCACAGAAUACAUACUGGAGAAAAACCCUAUGAAUGCGGUGAUUGUAGAAAAGCUUUCAGCAAGAAGUCUACUCUCAUUGUUCAUCAGAGAGUUCAUGAUGAACAGAAACCUUAUGAAUGUAAACUAUGUGGUAAAUCCUUCAGCCUGAACACUAAUCUUAUUCAACAUCAAAGAAUACAUACUGGGGAGAAACCUUAUGAAUGUAAUGAAUGUGGAAAAACCUUUAGUCAGAGCAUGAAUCUUAUUCAACAUCAAAGAAUCCACACUGGGGAAAAUCCUUAUGAGUGUAAUGAAUGUGAAAAAGCCUUUAGUCACAGAUCAUCCCUUAGAAAUAAUGAGAGAAUUCAUACUGGAGAAAAACCCUAUCCUUGUAAUGAAUGUGGGAAGGCUUUCAGCCAUAUUUCAGCCCUUACUCAACAUCACAGAAUUCAUACUGGAAAGAAACCAUAUGCAUGUAUUGAAUGUGGUAAAACCUUCAGCUGGAGCACACAUCUUAUUGAACAUCAGGGAAUUCAUUCUGGAGAGAAAUCCUACCAGUGUAAGGAAUGUUGGGAAGUUUUUUGUCACAGCACAUCACUAAUCCGACAUCAGAGAACUCACACAGGAGAAAAACCCUAUGAAUGUAAUGAAUGUGGAAAAGCCUUCAGUCAUACCCCUGCUUUCAUUCAGCAUCAGAGAAUUCAUACUGGAGAGAAACCCUAUGAGUGUAAUGAAUGUGGAAAGGCCUUCAAUCGGAGUGCACAUCUUACUGAACACCAGAGAACUCAUACUGAAGAGAAACCUUAUGUUUGUAAGGAAUGUGGAAAAAACUUCAGCCACAGUACACACCUUACUGAACAUCUAAAAACUCAUUCUGGUGAGAAACCCUAUCAAUGUAAUGAAUGUCAAAAACUGUUUUGCUAUAAGACAUCACUAAUUCAACACCUGAGAACUCACACAGGAGAGAGACCCUACCAAUGUAAUGAGUGUGGGAAAACCUUCAGUUUAAGCUCAGCCCUUACUAAACAUAAGCAAACACAUACAGGGGAGAAACCUUAUCACUGUAAUAAAUGUGGUGAUGUUUUCUGUCAUAGUACAUCUUUAAUCUGACAUCAGAGGACUCAUUCAGAAAUGAAACCCUAUGAGAGUAAUGAAUGUGUGAAAAACCUGCAGCUGUAGAUCAUUUACACUUGG